AUUGUCUUAAAACAGGUUCUUGGGAACUCGGGAGACUGCGAAAACACAAAAGAGAUGGUUGCCUAAACUUCAAAAGACAUUCCUGUCCCCCCUUCCUCCUAAGACACACAGACACACAGGGACACACACACAAGGCUCCCGACGCUGAAAUGGACUCAGAACUCCUGAUUCAGCCCAAAAGCGUGUCUCCCCCUCCUGGAGCAGUGCUGGUGUUGCACUCGUUGCUUCUUGAGUUUCCAUUGGCGAUGGUCUUCACUGAACAGCUGCUAACCUACAGUGUAGGAGAAACCAUAGAGCGCUCUGAGGAUGAGCUGGACACGGUGCCCACUUCUGUGCUCAUUCAGGUCGUGGAGCUGCCAGUGCCAGAAGAGAAGUUUUUGACGCUGGAAGUUUUCCACAAGUUUACUCUAGACAGAGCCAAGCAGGACAUCCGCAGUGUUUGGCGGGCGAUCCUGGCCUGUGGAUAUGACCUGCACUUUGACAGGCAAAAGCCUAGAUCCAUUGAUUCCCGACAUGCUCAAAAAGCCAGCAGAAAAUGGAGCUUUGAGAUGGACUUUGCAUUGGUGCAGUUUGUGAACCGUCUCAGCCGUCACCUGGCCAUCACUCCUGCCCGUCUGCAUCCACAUGAGGUUUACCUGGUCGCCAGCAAAAAUGGCGCCGAUCCUGAGGUGUCCCAGUGGAGAGUUUGCGUCUGCUACCAGAACAGCAUCGGCACGCUUCUGUGUGAGGCCAAAGGGAGCUGCUGCGCUGUGAAAGUGCUCUGGCGCGUCUGUACUGCCGCAUGGCCCUCCUCAACAUCUUUGCCCCCAAGAGUCCUCACACAUUCACACACCUCUUCCACAUCCCUGCAGUGCGUGACAUCACACCUGAAUAUCUGCAGCUCCUGUCCAAUCAGCUGCUGACUCCGCCUCUGCCAGAGUGCACCUGAGCAGUUUACGCUGGAGAAGAUUCCCAUCACCGAGUCAAAAGUCAGCAUGGACGUCAACUUUUCCUGCUCGUCUCCUGCAAAGAGAGUCAACUCAGCUGCCGCAAAGAGUUGGGGUAGGUAGGCCAGAGAUGGUUGCUUAAACUUAAAAAGACAUUCCUGUCCCCCCUUCCUCCCGAGACACACAGGGACACACACACACAAGGCUCCCGACGCUGAAAUGGACUCAGAAAUCCUGAAUCAGCCCAAAAGUAAAUGUUAUGUGUUUGUAAACUUUGUAUUUCAUUUAGGACGUUUCUAUCAUGUAAAUCUCUCUCUCGUGCCCUUUUUAAGACACUGUACCAACUAAGAAUGUGUGAAUCAUGUUGAUGUAUUUAUUAAAACUGUCAUGUUUAAGUCAUGUAAUGUUUCUCCUGAAUUUAGCAUCAACAUCAAUAAAACAUUGAUCCAUCCUGCCUUGUAUCAGCAGUUGAGGCUGCUGGUGUUGGUGAAAUGGUGUGGGGGAUAUUUUCUUGGCACACUGUGGGCCCAUUAGUACAGCCCUGUAUACUAAAGUAUGUACAUGUUUGUGUAUUUGGUGAAAAUAUGCUUAACAUGUUUUUUUGCUGAAUACAUCUUCUCUGUACUCCAGAGUGCGCCUGAGCAGUUUACGCUGGAGGAGAUUCCCAUCACCGAGUCAAAGGUCAGCA